CUCACGUCAUGACUUGGAAGACAGGAAAAGAGUCAGAGGAAAACGGGUAUAUUUCCAAGGCUGUCGCCCACUUGGAAAGCACUGUGGCCUCAGGGCUCUUCCACAUUCUUCUGCUCUGAUGUUCAUCGCCUCGUCUUGGCUUGGUGUUAUCCGAUUGGUCCUCCGGUUCCCCGUCUCUCUUCACUUACAGCCUGACAAGGCUGCCACACGCGACCUGAGCUCCGUCUUCGGGGACGGCACACGAGUGAGCGACCGAGGUGCUGCCGGUGGAAGCCGUCGCGACCCGGGUUCGAUCGCCCAAAUCCGAGUGUUAUGCCCUAAGUUCAACCAUCGCAGACUCGGUUAAACUGCCUUAGCUUACUUUGGACCGCUUCUGCCUCCCGCAAACCUCGUCUGUUACCGAGCUAUAUCCUAAAGGGA